UAUUACUCGUCUCGUGUGCGACCGCGCCCUGCCCUCGGGAGAAAACCACGCAGCAAGAAAAGAGAAACCCGCAAGCCGCCCCGCCCCCGCGCAGGCGCAGGUCGUCGCCGCUGUCAAAUUCGUCGGCGGUUGCGGCGGCGCAGGCCGGAGGGGUUGGCCGGGCCGCGGGGGCGCGCCCGGUCUGGUGGGAUCCCUUCAGGCUUCCGCAGAUUCCCGCGCGGGGGGUGUGUUUUGAUUUGGAUGAGAGGAGCCCGGCGGCGGGAUGGGCUCCUCCUCGCAGGGCUCGGCGGCCGUGGCGGCGGCCCGGGUCGACCUCUGCGCGCUCGACCUCAUGCCCGUCUUCGCCAAGGAGAUGAUCGCCGGCGGCGUCGCCGGGGCCUUCUCCAAGACCGCCAUCGCGCCGCUCGAGCGCGUCAAGAUAUUGCUGCAGACUAGAACAAAUGAGUUUGGAUCUCUUGGAGUUCUCAAAUCAUUGAAGAAACUGAGGCAACAUGAUGGAGUCAAGGGAUUUUACAAGGGAAAUGGUGCCAGUGUGCUGAGAAUUGUUCCUUAUGCUGCACUGCAUUUCAUGGCAUAUGAGCGGUACCGGUGUUGGAUCUUGAAUAACUGUCCUUCAGUGGGGACAGGGCCUUUAGUAGAUCUUUUAGCUGGCUCAGCGUCAGGAGGAACUGCUGUGUUGUGUACUUAUCCCUUGGAUUUGGCCCGGACUAAGCUUGCUUUCCAGGUCAAUAGUUCGGACCAACUCAGCAGUGCUAUCAAAAGGGCAAGUCCUCAUCCAACAUAUGGAGGAAUAAUGGAUGUCUUUAGAGGUGUUUACUCAGAAGGUGGAGUGCGAGCUCUUUAUCGAGGUGUAGGUCCAACGCUCAUGGGAAUACUUCCUUACGCUGGUCUUAAAUUCUACAUAUAUGAAGGACUGAAGACACGCGUACCAGAAGAUUACAAAAAUUCAGUAACAUUGAAGCUGUCAUGCGGUGCUGCUGCUGGUUUAUUUGGACAGACUCUGACCUAUCCGUUAGACGUUGUCAGGAGACAGAUGCAGGUUCAAAAUCAGCAACAAAAUGGACUAUUUGGUUGCCCACGAAUAACGGGCACAUUCCAGGGUCUUAUAGCCAUUAAACAAACACAGGGAUGGAGACAAUUAUUUGCUGGCUUGAGCCUCAAUUACAUCAAGGUGGUGCCCUCAGUGGCUAUUGGUUUCACCGCAUAUGACACCAUGAAGCAUUUGCUGAAGAUACCUCCGAGAGAGAAGGUCAGGUCUGGUGAUGGCCCUGCUUGAAGUUUUGGUUGAUCUCUUCUCCUAGGCUUGGAAAUGCCGUAUGAAGCUGCAACCAAAUGAAGUAGCUUCAUCCGCAACUCUGUUACCUAGUACUAAUUGUGUCACGUAACAGCUACCUGACAUUCUUUCAUUCUAAUUUUCCCCAUUCAUUUGCGUUUUGAAUUUCUAGUGUAUAUUUUAUCAACCACGUGGAGCUACUGAGUUAACAUCUGGUGACAUGAUUACAGAAGCUUAGUCUUAACCAUUACUUGUAGUCUUCUGCUUGAGUUCCCCUGUAAUGGCAAACAAUUACUAUGAUUGCAGAAGAGGGGUUCCAUUUUGGUUUGCAUAAA